AUGGCAGAGGAUCUGGAAAAUCUCUAUCAACGAUUAACGUUGACGGAAGGAGAAGAUACAGAGGUUUUCGUGGAAAGAGAUACGUUGGAAGAAGCUUCGUUGAGGAGGGAGCGCUGCUUGUGUUCGCAACUUCUGACCUCAAGACACUACAACAAAGAAGCUUUAUUCAAUGCUAACGGUAAGCGGAAAGUCCUGUGUGAGGGUUCUUGGGCUUUUGAUAAAUCUCUCUUACUGAUGGGUGAAAUUGAUGGAAAGCAGCCAACUAAUCAGAUUCAACUCAAGCACGGCUCUUUCUGGGUGAGAGCACAUAAUCUGCCUUUCUCUGCUCGGGCGAAAAACUUGGGGUCCAGAUUGGCAGUUCUUUUGUUUGUGUUGAAGAGGUGGAUGUGGAUGAAGGCGGCUUCACGUGGGGGGGAGUAUAUGCGGCUUAGAUACACAGUCAGGAACAUCCGUAGCGAGAAUCACGGAAUUAAGCCAUUGAAACAGGCGGAGGUUACGGAAGUGCAAAGCGAAAAUCAUGGAAUGAUUACAGAACUGAAUUAUGGGAAGCAGAUAUUUGAGAAAAUGAUUGAGGAAAAUUCUAUAACGUCGCAUAAAAAGGGGAAAGCUGUUACAGGGGAUUCUCUAGAUCCAGGGAUGAUGCAUCAUGUGGAGAUCCAAGGUGAGAAGGAGGCCCAAGUUGUUUUGGGCCAUUUUGAUAGAAAUAGGCUGGGUCUGGGUAAGAUUGCCAGGUUACCUUAG